AUAAAGUUGUUCAUCAAUUUUAUGCUAAUCUGAAACCAAGAGGGAAUAGAUGCAAAACUAUGGUUGCUGGGGUGUCAUUUCAGUUUUCUCCAAGGGAUAUUUGUGCUGUAUUAGAUAUACCUGAAGAAGGAGAUGAUGAGUUUCUAGAUGUGAAUCCUGCCUUAAGGAAGGGUUCUAAAUCUUAUGUUCUUGCCAGUGAUCUUCCUUGGUUUGAUUAUCUUUUGAACGGAAAAAGGGUGAACCUAGGAAGAUACAUUUUCCGGAGCAUAAUCAAGCCUUACUCACCAACUACGGGACUUCCUCAUGGUGCUCUAAUUACCAGAUUGGCGAAGAGGAACAAUAUUGAUCUUACAUCCUUUAGGUUCGGAACGGUUCCCGGUGGGACUACACUUACCAAAGCUUCUUUUGAGAAAAUGGACUGUUUGUUUAGAAAUGGCACUUGGAUAAAGAAAGGGGAACAAGAAGGGGAUGAAGAAGAAGGUGACACAGAUCAAGAAAUGGCAAAACAAGGGGCAGAAGAACAUGAAGAUGACAGCCCAAGACCAUUUCGAGCCUCCAUGCAAAGAACUAACCGUGAAACCAUGGAGUUAAUGAUAUCUGAGAUGCAGCAGCUGCACACUGACUUUUAUGGUUUCCAGACAGAAAUGAGAGGGAGAAUGACUAACGUGGAAGGACAGCUUAAUCGGCUUGUUAACCAUUUUUUUCCUCCACCCCCACUUAAUGCCAACUGACUUGAUAUUUCUUUAGUUUGGCUAAUCUUUAGGAUGGACAUCUUAGGGUUAUGCAUAUUAUGUUUUAUUUUACUAUGGAUAGAUCUUGAACCUUUUUAUCUUGUUUUAUGAAUGGAAAUGACAUCACUUGUGUUAACAUGCUUUGUGAAUGGUUGUUUAUGAUUUUGAUGAUAAUAUGCUCUUAUUGAGGGGGAGUUUAUUAAUUGAUAAGUGUAUUCAUAACUUUGGUUGUCUAUGGUGCUAUAUUGAUGAUUAUAUUCAUAUUCUUGAUGCUUUAAAGGUUGAUAGCAUGAAUUAAGGGGGAGUUUAUUGCUUAUGUUUAUGUGCUUUUUGAUGAAUGACAAAAAGGGGGAGAAGAAUAUGCUGAAUUUAAUGUCAUUUUUUAGAGUACCUUGUGCUAAAAUUCUGGUUAAUAUUGAAGUAUAUAUGUGCUUUCGUUAAUUAAUUCUCAAAGUGUUU